ACGAUACCUACUGGCAGUCUCAAGCCUGUCUGUAAUUAGCCAGGCGGUGAACCAAUAGCCCCUGUCCAAAUUAUUCUGCCACCAUCGAAUUUUGAAUACCCCGAUGCCAUUGUCUCCUGCACGACGUUUCAAUUCCAUAAACUGAUUAAGAUUGUUACUGAAAAGUGUAAGUAAAGAUGACCUCAGAAACAUCAAAACCGUCCCACCUUGAGCCAUCACCUCUUGGUACAAAAGAAUAGUAAGUACGUCUUACGCGUUCUACAAAUUUUGUACCCCUCCAUACUGCCCCUCCAUGGCCAUUGCGCCAUCUUUCAUCCCUCCACUCACAUUCUUAUGAUUCAGCACAUCUACUUGCUUUGAUAUCUUCUCUUACAUCAAAUGACACAUUCCCUAACGAAAUAGAUAGUUGGGAUAACCUCUAUAACCGCGAAAUCUCAAACCACGCUCUCGAUGCAACGGAUGUCGGUACGAUAUGGUUUGACGAUUCAUCUGCGGAGGAUAAAGUUGUGGAUUUCUUGAAUGGAGAGGUUUUUGAUAAGGACUUACUGGGCCUCGGGGAGGGACGGAAGAGGCAGGAUUUCAGUUUGUUGGAUUUGGGGACGGGGAAUGGUCAUUUUUUGGUCAGAUUGAGGGAGGGCGAGGAGGACAGUGAAGAGGAAGAGGAAGAAGAAGAGGGGAAAGGGAGAAAUGAUGGGGCAACGAAGUGGAUUGGUAGAAUGAUGGGUGUGGAUUAUUCGGAGAGAUCUAUUGAGUUUGCGAAACGGAUUGCGAAGGAUAAACGGGAAAGUGAACAGGAGGGGACAGAAGACGGAAAUGAAAUCGAAUUCAUUACUUGGGAUAUAAUGAAAGAAGAUCCGUCCCCGAAAAUACUCAACGGGGAACAGGCAAACGGAUGGGAUAUAGUACUUGAUAAAGGGACAUUCGAUGCGAUCAGUUUGUCGGAAGAAACAGAUUCGAAUGGCAAGAGGAUUUUCGAGGGAUAUAGGGAGAAAGUGCUGGCGUUGGUGAGGAACGGUGGGGUGGCGGUUGUUACUAGUUGUAAUUGGAUUGAAGAAGAGUUGAUUGAGUGGUUCACUGGGAAGAGGGGGGAGGAGGGGAGAGACGGGUUUGAGGUACUGAGGAAAAUUGAGUAUAGGAGUUUUAGUUUUGGGGGUGUGAAGGGUCAGACGGUGUGCAGUGUUUGUUUCAGGAAGUCUGGGGGAAGCCAAUAGGGAUGAGGAAAGUCGGACAUAUGAAGUUAAUAGGAGCCAUGGUUCAGUUAGAUGGUUUUCAAGAGGGAUGAAGACGAUCAUAGCAAUUUGAUUUUGCUCAUUGGUGCAUCUUGCGCCCAGCCACUGCUGAAUCCUAUUCAGCCGAACUUUCACGCCCAAUAUCUGAAGUUUUACAGUACUACAUAAUGCGAAAUU